UGUCGAUUUUAUAUCUUUUGCAAAGACGAUGAAGAAUGAUUGCAACAAUGGUUUAUCGAAGUUAUGCAAGCCUCGAUAGUGAUUUAUGGGUAGCUCAAAAAUAAGCACAGUGAAGCAAAAGUAAAACGACUUUCUUGACAGAUUUUUCCAUCAAAGAUCUGACAUGGACGCCGAGACAACUUGUCUUCUCAUCGUCCUUUUUUUACUUUGUCUAAUCUUGGAGAUACAAGCACAAAAAAAAGGGUUCAGAGGAGGAUCGAAGUCAUACGAAAUUCACGUUGAGGCCAACUCAGUGGGUACAAAUCUACACUAUGAAUUGCCCGAGUCCAAGGUGAAGGCCACUUCUAAAGAAGACUGGCAGGUGGAUAAUGAUAACGCUGAGAUGUUUGCAAUGAACAGCCCUAUUUUGGCUACAGUCAAUGUAAAACAUCCCAAGUUUAGUAUGAAAGGACAGUGGCCCGAGUACAAAACAAGCUUCAAGCUGCCCAAAGAUGUAAGCGUGGCUUCGAAACGAGCGGAUUUUUCGAAGCUUUUUAAAAUCAAAACAAAGGUACGAAAAACUGAUCCUGAUCAAAGUGACGAGGAGUCUUCUGCCGGGAAUGAAAAGGCCUCGAGAAAUCCUCUAGCCGACGAGCAACCUUCGGGUUCUGGGAUUAAGCUAAAGAAUCUUGUCGGACGGUUAUUUUCUGGGAGAAAACCAGGAAAGAAAAAGUCGCACGACGAAGGGAUGGAGAUGUCACAAAUUACAAGGCUUAUCCUUCCAAUCACAGGAAUGAAGAAUGUUAACCUUAGCAACCCUCGUGUUAGCAGUGCCAUGAAAGGGGUUAUCAAACACGCACGGAAAGUGGUGGAUGAGGCAAAAGCAGUGCUCAAUGACGCCGCAAACUUUGUAACAAAGGUCCGAAAGCUUGUGAAAGUCACUAAAGAUCAUUCAAAAAUACACAGGCAGCUUCACAAGGUUAUUGCCAUGAAAACGUCAUCUACAAAGCACAAUGAAGGCAACCUUAAUUCCGUGACUCCUAACGCUGAGACCCCCUCAUCAUCUAAAGAUCGAGAAAAAACUGAGAGCGUCCGACUCAAAGAAGUGGUGGGUUCCGAAGAAAGACAAAAUGAGUUGAACCAUGCAAAGGCAAGUAUGCAGAGGAUUGUUCACGGGCAUGCGCACAAUGACAAAGCAAAAACGCCAGGCAGAGGAGAAAACAAAGCAAGAACUGGAAUGAGUGCAAAAGGUGUUGAAAAACGAUCAUUCUUAGAUUUUAAAGAUAUAGCCGAACCAAGAAAACUUGAAAGGAAACCUCGCGUGCAUCGGAGAGGGCUGGCUGAGACACUGGAAAGCAUCUUGUCAACAAUUAACGACCUUCAAGCUUCGACGGUGUGCACGGAUUGCGGUCCUACAUUGUUCUCUCCCACACUGCACGCUUUCAAGAACUGAUAUCGUGUGAAUUUUCAGUUAUACCCUCCUCCGUAUGUUCGACGAGGGCUUUUGAUUAAACUUAAGAAAACUUAAGUCACAUAAACUAUUCAUUAUAUUUCCUUACUGUUUUAGUAAACAGACUCAGGAUCAAGAGGUAUCUAAAUAAUCAUUUACAUUAGUUACUGUAGAGGAGGUUGAAAAACAAACAAAAGCACUUUUUUAGCUGGGAAUAAACUAAGAGGUACUACAAUUUUGUAAAGACAUACACAAAUUGUAAGAUUUUUGUUAGUUAGAAAAUUCAAAAUAACAAACAUUUUAAAAAAAUCUAACCAGUUUUAGGGUUUUAUUUACAUUGGUUAUUGAUUUUUCAGAAGCCUCAUGAUACUUCCUAAAAUGUAUGUGAACAGGAAGGUACAGGGAAGAAAAACUUUGCACAAACAGGAAAACAGUUUUUCAAUAAAAAAAGUUGCAUCUACAUUGUUUGAAAAAAAAAGAACAUCAGAAACAAUAAUCAACAGGGUGAUACUACAGUAACUGUUUAAUCAGUACAAGUCUAAUUUUAACAAAUUUGCAUAUUCCCUUUGAAAUAUGAUCCACCUGCCCAUUUUCACACAUGCGAAA